AUGUACGUGAAGCUGCGCUCAUCACAGGAGCUGCAAGACGUCAGGGCUGAUAUUGGGAUGGGGCGUCGGACCGCGCAAGGUCAUCUCAUCGUCCCAUUACGCAAGAAUGUGGACAGCGCUGAGCUGGCUCGCCGGAUCCAGCUGGCACUCGGUGAGGAUGGCGUGGUCCGUGUGGUGACGGAGAUGGGAGAGCUUCUCGUCACCAACAUUGACUCUCUGGCCGAGAAGAGUGAUGUGGAGCUCGCCAUCAAGGAGAAGCUGGGAGCAGAGCCGGGAAUCGCGCGUGUCGAGCUCUGGGAGCUCCGUGAUGGCACGAAGCGAGCUCGAGUGCGGCUCCCACUAGCAAAGGCACGGCUUCUCAUCGGGCAGAAGCUGACACUGUGCCAAUGCGUCAGCGGCAUCCGCGAAGUGCCGAAGAAGCCACUCGACCGUCAGCGUUGCUUCCGUUGUCUUCUGAUGGGGCAUCUGGCACGAAACUGUCGUGCCUCGUCUGACCGGUCGGGUCUGUGUUUGCAGUGUGGCGAAGAGGGCCACCGCAUUAGCCAGUGCACUUCGGCAGCUAAGUGCAUUGUCUGCCAGGGGCCCCAUCGUGUGGGCCACUCAUCGUGCCGCCAGAACCAGCAUUCGCGGGCGUAA